GAGCGAGCGCCGUUCCUCUGCGCCGGGCGGCGGUUCGUUGGCCGGCGGCCAUGGUGCUGUCAGCUCUGCAGCAGGUAGUGGUCUCGGUGGUGCUGGUGCUCUGCGUCUUCGUCGUCAUGCCCAGGAUGUUAAUGGGAAGAGGAGGAGGAAGAGAAGGAGGAGGAAGAGGAGACCUGCGAGCCGCCCGGUCUCCGCGGGGUGGUAGAGCCAGCACCGGCCAUUACGAUCCACGCCAGUAUGGGAAAGGUAGUCCUCAGACAGGUCAUCGAUUUUACCUGAAUCAAGGAAAUUCUGACAGUAAUACUUACCAGAGUUUUCAGCAGAUGAAAAAUGCAAUGGAGAAAGAGAUAAAGAGGGAGAGAAAAAGAGGAAAUGGCAGAGAGCUAGCAUUCACCCUCAUGCCGUUGUAUGCUCUUGGAGUGGGUGUGUUUGCAGCAUACAAAUUUCUUAAGAUGAAGUCACAUGAAAUUCUCUCCAAAAAAGAAAAAAAUACAGAAGACAAGGCAAAAGAAACAGAGCAUCAGCUUUUGGAACUGGAGCACCAUCUAGCACAGACAGAGAAAAUGUUAAAUUCUUUAUUGACUCAAUUGGAUCCACUGUCAAACUGUCUUAAUGCUCUAGCGUGUGAGCAGAAAGAUGAAAUAAUGACACAUCUCCAGUCAAUUAGACGACUGAUGAAAGAAAGUGGAUUAGAUAAAUCAGAAAACAAGAUUAAAGAUGUCAGCCACACUUGUAAUGAGAUACUAGAAGAUCUCAUUCAGUCAUUUGUUGAACGUUCUCAAGAGAAAGAAAUGGAUGAUGGAGAAGAUGACAGUAAUGAAGGUUUGCUUGAGGAUGUUGAUAAUGAUUACAAAGUAGAAGAGCAUGAAUUCUAUGAUGAGUGUGAAAUACAUCAGUUAAAGACAGAUGUAGAAGACCAAGAAAUGGUAAAAAAAGAUGACAUUGAAUCAGAAGACAUGAGAUUGAGGAGACGUAAUAGAUAUGAAUGAAAUCCGCAUAUGUAAAACUUUCAAAACCUUACAAAUAUUUUUAUAAUGUUGAAUGCACUUUAAACUGUUUUGAAUGGUUAUGUGCACUGCUAUAGGCUUUAAAAAGAGGUGUGAAAUACUGCCUGCUCUCAUACCUGUGGUGGUUCUGUAAAACUGACUUCAGUGGCAGCAGAAUUUUCCUCAGGAUGUUUACAUAUUUUUUCUAUUUAUUUUUUUUGCGAUAAAAAUAUUUCUGUACUCUCUAUAUAAUGCACUGUAAUUAUACCUGAUGUUUCACUAAAAUAUUGGAGUAUGUUGUAAUUAAGACUAUAAAUGUUUUGUAACUAGUAAGCAUGGUGCCAUUUGUAGUGUGACUUUCUUGAGUUGUUCAGAGGACGUGCAGUGAUGAAUUUAGCUCUUUGCGGAGAACUUUUCUCAAGAAGGGAGAAUGAGAAGCAGUGUGGGUAAGUCGUAGUGAUGCAUUCAUAGUCCCAUUUAUUUGGAGAGAGAAAUGUAUCCACAGACACCUUUAAAAUAAUUAUGUCCAAAUUUGCUCUCUACUCAGGAACUGAUGUAUAGAUUCAUGUGUAAAUUUUAACCGUAAUGCAUUACUCUGGAUCACUUAAGUUCUUCCUCACCUCUCCCUGAUUAAUCUUAGCAUCUGCAUAAUAACUAAUUGAUACCCUUUAGUCCUAUAUCCCUCUUCCGUAUUAAUUUUAGCACUUAACACCAUAGCAUCUGGCCUUUAGAUUGAUUGUAAUACACUUUUUCUUCUAUCAGUGUUAACGAAUGUAGUGCUCUGCAUUAUUCGAGAACUGUGAGGGGUAUCUUUUUUUUUCAGUGUAUUAUGUGACAUUUUUUCUUUUUCAAUACCAUGGCUUUGUUUAGGUCAAUGUUAAGAAAAGCGCUUGUUUCCUUUGCCAAGAUAAUUUUUAUCCAUGCCUUUAUUUUCUACUAAUUUUUGCCCAGUUAAUAAAUAUGCCUAAGAACUUCCACCCUUUAAUGACAGGAAUUACACUGCAGGUAGUUUUGAUAAUAUAUUGCUGUUAAAUUUUCUGUUUUAUAAUUGUAUAGCUUUUAAGUAGGGCAGUUAUAAUACCUGAACUGUUUUGCCAUAUUUAUUCUAGUGUAAUGUUUUACUAGAAUAACACAUAGCUUUGUUUUUAUGAAGGAAAUGUAAUGCACUUAAACAGACCAAAACUGUUUCUGUGUCACUCACUGAAACAGAAUGAAUUUUUCAUUCUUGUAUAGAAGCAUGGUAAGUCUGUGGAUCUAAAAAUGGACUUCCACAGUCUUGGAAGUAGCAGCAUUCAGAAAUAUGUGCUGAUCAUCAGUCCAUUAGUACUUUUGCAAUAGGUGAGAUUUUGCCUGACUUUGAAAAACCAAUUGACCAAAAGGACAAAAUUUCUGAAGUGGGUACAGGUCUUUCCUCCAGGCAAUGAGUCAGAACUGGUACUUGGACACAAUCUGAUUAUUGAAAAUAACUGAUGUAGGUUGGGUCAUUCAGGACAACAUGAACUAUUUAAAAAAGCUGUAAUUGCAUAGAGGCUAAUCCCCUCAGACUACUAAUAAAGCUAAUAAAAGUAAUCUGAAACUAAUUUCAAAGCAUUUGAUCAGAGAGGAUAAAAGAACGGGAACCAAACAUGCUGUGCUGCUAUGGCAUUUGCUGUUAGUAGCUUCAUUGCAUGGUCUGCAGGGGGCUGGUGUGGGUACAGGUUGGUAUUGCUGCCUUCUGGGCACUGUCACUAAUGCUCUUGACUUUCUGACCUGCAGGAUUUUGCUGCCAUGGGGCAGCAUUUGAAUA